AUGGCCGUGUGCGAUCGGCAGACGCGUUUACAAGGGCGGUGCUUUCGGCACAGCGGUGGGCGGCUGUGCAAGGUCGACGGGUGUGUGACCUUUGCACGCAACCGAAACUGGUGCCGCCGCCAUACCGCCAAGAUUACCAGCGCCUCUGUGCCGCUUUACGAAACCAGCGACGAUUCGUAA